GCACGUGAAGUUGCGACAACUGUGACAGCGGCUUGGCAGUCCCGGCUUGCUCGGCGUGGCUAGCUGCUGACCGCUCUUUCUGUACGUCUUGACUUCAGCCACACCAGCUAAGUACACAUGACUGGUGUGUGGUGCAGCGAUAUAUACCUCCCAUGCUUAUCGAUGAUCGCCCAUGCUGCAUAAAAGUGUAUGUUUGCGUCACCUCGUUCGACCCGCUGAAGAUCUACCUGUAUGGCGAUGGACUUGUCAGCUUCCAGACUGAUGACGAGGAGUCUGGCAAGAAGCGUUCACUGCUGACAAACUAUUCCCUCAACCUGAUCAACAAGGAUUUUGUACACUGGCACAGUGGUGAGGGAAUACAGGACUUUGGUGAGGACACGUGGACGUUUGGAGCACUACUUCGCUAUCUGUGCAGAAGCAAUGUGGAUGUGGCUGGAUUGGUCUUGCAGAUUGAAGACGUCGUCAUCAGAGCCCUGCUAUGUUGCCAAUCGCCAAUAGCUGCCGCAACACGAUCCUCGGAGAAGCAUCGCGGUAACUGUUUUGAACUAUUCGAAGCCCAGCUGCUUGUUGAUAGUUGUCUAAAACCUUGGCUGCUGAAGGUCAAAGGUACUCCUUGCUUUGACAGUACUUGUCCAAUAGAGAAGCGAAUCAAAUCCAACCUGCUUGCAGAUCUGCUCAGCUUAGUUGGUCUCCAGGCGUUUAAGCCGAGAGAGCAGUUUGACGUGUUCAACCCCUGGCAGCCAGAAGUGUACAGCUGGGAUCCCAAGCAGUCGAGUAAACCUACGCCAUUAUUACGCCCGGAAACUGGCACCUCGUUCUAUGCGGGCCGCACGGCCGAUGGGUCUCCGUCAGAUCUGCCCAACGUGCUGACCAUGACAGACCAAGAGGUAAAGCGAAGCGGUGGAUUUCAGCGUAUUCUCCCCUCACAGCACAGCUGGAAGCUUUACGGGCCCCUGCUGGAUCAGACAACGGAUUGGAGUUAUCGACUGCACAAACACUGCUAUCCUUACAGCAUGGAAGAUGCUGAUCGAUGUGAGCCGGGUCAAUCAGAUGAUGAGGGAUGUCUUAGAGUUCUGCAACACUUGCAAUCCAUCAGCAAACAGUGUGAGAAUGCGUCACGGGAGGAGAGGAAGAGAAUCUGGUCAGAGUCUAGCUACUACUCCAUUCUGCAGAGGUUGCCACGCUACAUGGACACCACACCAUGUCAUAGCACCACUCCUCAGCAUCCACUCAACACUGGCUUCGUUCUGUUCAAGCAGCAGUUUUCCCAUGCGGGACCAUUGCUGCUGACAACAAGCAGCGUACCCAGCGUGGCUAGCCUAGUUCGCUACAUGCGUCAGACUGUCAUCCAUGUGCACGGGGAUGUGUGCUUGCGCCAUCGGCCUAGCGACAAUGCAGGACACGGGAAUGAACACCGCAUAGAGCGUGCACGUGGAUACGUGAAGUGUCCCAGAAUACCACCUCGAGAACGUCAGAUGCUGACGACGGGAGGCGCCGGCAGCAGCAAGGCACACUUCAAUUCAGCUGCUCAGCUCCCCGCUAGGGGUGGAAGAGGUGAUUUGCUUUCAGCGCAGUGCUUGGCCAUGCAUGGAUAUGACAAUACAGCAUUGCUGGCUGUGUUGAAUGCCGGAUGCUUGCCUAGUCAAACUGGGGAUUUAGGACUGGUUUCUUCAUCAAUUCAAAACCAGGAAGGCAAAUCAAGUGGCAGUAGUAAUGAUGCAACCGAGCUACCAGCACUCGACAUUCGACGUCCACACUUACAGUCACAAGCUAGCUUGAAAGACAGUUGGUAUCGAGAUGUGCGUGAUCUGGUCCUGGGACAUGGAGAGGUCAGCCUGCUGGGUGAGCUUCAAGGUCGGCGGGUACUAUCAACAUUCUUGAAGCGCGUACACCAGCGAAUACAGGAGACUCCGCAUAGUCGGCGCAACCGGCCACGGCUCGCACAAACAGUGGAGAGUUUGCAUCUCUUUCUCAAGCAAGCUUCACUUCACUUUGAGCCGCCAACGGGCGUGCGCUAUCCCAGCAUGGACUUGUCACUGCAAAUGCGGCUCAAGUGCAGCACUGGACAGCUGCUCCUUCUCAUCAAGCGCUUUGACAGGGAGAUAGAAAGGCUUUCCGUACCAGACGAGCUGGAGGACCGUGAACGACUGGCCGGUCAGGACAUGGACCACAAGUUUGCUGUUGGCUUUGAGGAAUUCUUGAACAGGGCGACGGAGGUUGAUCUGCGGAGGGUACUGAUGAUGUUCAUGGUGGACAACCCAGAUGGCUUUCACUCUUUCCUCGCGCCAUUGGACUUAGUGUACAGCAUGAAGCCAACAGCUGCAUCUCAUCAACCAGACAGGGUGCCGAUGUGGAAACCAUCGCAACUUCGUAGAGCACUGAGCCCAAUACACUGGCCGGCAGCACACCACUGCAUAGACUUCGGUGGCGCUACGGAACACAAGAAGCGUCCUAAGAGGCUGCGGCGUGGACAGCAUGUACGUUUCAAUCUUGAUAGUAAACCACCGACAGUUGAAGCUCCCAGACUGCACCGACCGAAUUUGCCCUAAACGUCACCUCCACCAUCAGCCCAAGAUGUUGACUUGCCGUCGCAGCUGACUACAGAAAGAAGACACAUGUAAGCUAUCAGGACCGCACACACUGCGCUCGUGGAUCUUGGCCGCGAGACAACUGCUCAUGGAACAACGUUGACGCACGGAAUCAUUGGAAGGUGGCACAUAAAGCUAAAGAUGCAGAGCGCUGCCAAACCCAACCAUAACCGAAAGCGGGGCAAAGAUGAACCGGACAAUGAUAGGCCCAUGCAUGUCACGUUCUUUUCCCGCGGGACGUCUAUUCAAAGCUCAAACUGAUAGCUACACAUGACACGCUGAUGAAGAACCACUUCAGUACAUAUAUGACAGUUACGCACAUGUUUGCUCUUGAGCAACAAUUCUAAGGUUUGCAUCUGCCAGUGCUGUCACAUUACAUCAUAUCAUUAGGUCGUUGA